GGCUGCUAUCGGCAGAGUGGUGUUACGGAAGUUAAUGCAACUAAUAACACCCAAGAACCUCCCCAAAAAUUAAUAUUAAGUUUUAUGAAUGAUCGGGAUGCGGCCUUCGCUUUUAUUUAAUGUCAGUGAUUUCUGAAAUAAACAGCUGUAUCCCUACAACCCCCCUAGCAGAGGAACCAGAAGGCUUUUUAAUUUUACAUUUUUCUUUUUUCUGUGGUACAUGUGAUUUCUACCGGUGGGAAAUUUUCCAUAACUUUUUGGAGGCCAACAAUUAAGUGAGAGUCUUCGUUUGGACGAGGACGAACUUGGUAAACCGAGGCGCUCUGAGCUAAACUUUGAGACUAAUCGAAUUGCAUUUUUGGGGGUCUUUGUGGAUCGAUUCAACUAUGGAAUACAAGGUGGAAGCCCAUCGGAUAAUGAGCAUUUCCUUAGGGAAAAUUUACAAUUCCCGAGUUCAACGAGGAGGCAUCAAGCUGCACAAGAACCUGCUCGUCUCUCUCGUACUCCGAAGUGCACGACAGGUUUAUCUGAGUGACUACUACGCUGGGGUCUGCCUGAACGCGCAACACAUCGAAGCUAAGGAGUGGGAGUUGAUGGACGCCGACCGAGAGAAGCUGAUCCCCGCGUCUGAGGCGGCGCAGCCAUCGUCGGCCGACUGCGGGGUUUCCGAGGCGGCGCAGCCCGGGCAGACCCGCACAACCGGAGGCGCGCAACUAUGUCUUAAGAGACAUGUGGGAGCGGAGGAUGGCCGCGCUUCAAGGUUACAAGAAAAAGACGGCGAUUCAUUGGACCCUAGUGAUGUUGCUGUAACAUCACCAGUAUCGCCUGCGAUUAGUGAAACUCAGUGCGGCUCCUCGGACUGUGAAACGGAUGCAGAUGCUGCUGUAACAGAAGGGGAUUCACGCCAGCCACCAAAAGAUCACGCUUGUUCACACAGGAAGCGGAGCGCUGAGGAGACUGGGGUCAGUGAAACUCCCGUGAAACGGACAAAAGUAACGCCGAACGCCAUCGUUGCUAAUAACGAAAUCGAGGAAGGCGAGGAAAUGGAUACAAGCAAUGUGUCCAAUCUCAUUACGAUUUUUGGUUCUGGUUUUUCGGGCCUGCUAAGCAAAGACAGCGCGAAAUCGGAGUCGGAAACGGACGACAGCGACUCGGGGUCAGGGCAAAUAUGCUGUGAGCAGAUGCUGAAGAACCUAAACCCGUGGACCACGGCCAUCGUUGCUUUUUAAUGUCCGCGCCGUGUGUGGUUUAUUUUUGUUUGUUUUUUUAAACUGUAAAAAGUUAUAACGUUCACACACGGCGGUUCAUGCCGCAGGUCUUGUACGGGUUCCCCUGUGACACGUGGGGAGGCGUGGGCGGACUGUGCAGCAUGGACUUCCCCACGCGUGGCGCUCCCACGUCCAGACUCAGCAUGGGCUGUUCGGCUUCUGAACACGAAAGAAUGUGAAUGUGCUGGUACUACUACAUAAAUUACCAUGUCCAAGAAGUGAACUUAAAUGGAACAGCUAUACAGUGCAUUGAGGUUGACUUGAAUUUAACCAGCAAUCUGAAUCAUUAGUAAUUGUUGGUGUGAAGUUAUGCUAAUGACAUCUGUACAAAGUUAAAUGUUGUUACAUUGAUGUAGGAUAUACUGACUACAACAACCAAGAAUCUCCAGGGCUAAGGCCACUGGAUUUCCCAUGUCUUUGUUUUAUAAAGACUUGUAUAUUUUGUAACCUUGUUCUUGUACAUAUUGUUUCCAAUGUUAUGUAUUUUAGUAUUUACUAUGACAUUUACGUGAUCAUCACGUAUUAAAACUUUGGAAUGAUUUGA